CUUCAGAUUGCAGAUGUCAACUGUAAGAUCUUGGCAGUAAACACGAGGUUUCCUGGCCGUGUGCACGACUCUUUCAUAUUUAACAAUUCGUCCAUUUUAUUAUGUAACCAAAAAAUAAUAAUUUCAGGUGACUCGGGGUAUGCUCUUGAGCCAUGGCUCAUGACGCCAGUGCUGAAUCCUGCCCCGGGAAGCCCAGAAGCAAGGUACACGGUCUGGCACUGUCGCGUGCGCAACACGAUCAAGCGUACCAAUGGGUACCUCAAAAACGUAUUCCGGUGCCUGGGCCACGACCGCGUCUUACACUACAGCCCGACGAAGGCAUCGUCAAUAAUAAAUGCAUGUUGCGUAGUAUACAACAUAAUGCAACAUUAUAGAAAUGUUCCCGAGGAAAUCGUAGGAGAUAUUGAUGAAGACGCUCCUCAAGAACUUCCUCAUCGUCAUGCGCAAAACGGACUACUAUUAAGAGUGGCGCAGGAAAAGCGUGCGCGUCUAAUAAAUACAUAUUUUGCUUAUUACUAUGUUUUAUUCUGAUACAAAUACCUACCUAAUAUACAAAACGUAGAAAAAUGCGCA